UACCAUACGAAUGAUAGCGGUAAACUAUAAUAUGACCACUUAUUCAACUAGGCCUGACCUGCGAAUAUAUAGCAAACACAUUGUACUUAAAUAACACCGUUACUCGUUUAGACGUAACAAUUGACGUUAAACUUACGCUUUAAGUAGGCAAUUGUUUGUUAAUAUGACGACGAAAAGUCUGAAGAAUCUUGCGGAAGUUCCUAAGGAAGAACAACUUAACUUUAUUGAUAGUUUUGAUUAUGUUCUGACAGAUUUAGAUGGCGUGUUGUGGAUAUUAUGGAAACCAUUUCCGGAUGCCGUGGAAUGCAUGGACAAUCUUAGAACCAUAGGGAAAAAAAUUGGAUUUGUAACAAAUUACACAGGUGCACCUAUAUCUGUUUUAUUCGAAAGACUCAAAAACAAUAAACUAUCACAAAAUAUAGAAGAACUGGUUAAUCCUUACAUGGCUGUAGUAGCGCAUUUAAAAAAGAUAAACUUUCAGAAGAAACUCUAUGUGGUAGCUAGCAAGCAGUAUAAAGAAAAUUUAAAGAAAGAUGGAUUUAACGUUGCUGACGACCCUCCUCAAGAGAUAGAAGAAUCUGUCAAAGGAAUAUUUGAGAACAUUCAGGAUGACGAAGAAAUCGGGGCUGUUCUUUACGAUUUUGACGCAAAUUUAACUUACAUAAAGCUGCAAAAAGUUCUUACCUACUUAAAGAGAAAAGAUUGCUUGUUUUUCAUAGCUGCAGCAGACAAAGCUCUUCCUGUUGGACCUAUAGGACCAUUAAUAGGUAAUAAAUUUUUUUAUACAUGUUUAUCUGAGAUAAGUGGAAGACAACCAGUUCAAUUGGCAAAACCAUCACAUCUUUACAACCAAUAUGUAGCCGAAAAAUUAAAUGUGACUGAUCCAAAACGUACACUUUUUAUCGGAGAUGUGAUCAACGAGGAUAUGGGAUUUGGUACCGUAGGUGGGUACCAAAAACUUCUCGUUCUUAGCGGUACUACAAAAAUGGAUGAUAUUAAAGACUGGAAGCACCCAGAAGAGUACAAACCUACGUAUUAUAUACAGAAUCUAAGCGAACUGAAUAAGAUAAUUAAAACUGUACACAAAUUAUGACAAUGUUAUUUGAAAUAAAUAUAUUAUUUACAA